ACCGAGUACUUCAAGUAAAACCAAGAAUUUCACGAGUAGUUCAAUGAAAUCAACAAAAAAACUGGAAGAUGAACCAUAUUCUGAUCUUCACGGCGACGGCUUUUUGGGAUUUCAAACUGUUUUUCUGAAACAUGAGAGCGAAGAACAAGGUCCUCCUUCUGACAUAAAUCAGUUAUACGACAAAUGCAUAAGUACUGAAGGUUCUUCUCACAAUAAGUCUAAUGCCAAAUCUUCAGCUUACAUAAUUGAAUAUGACAAUGACAAAAAUGUGGAAAUUAAAGAAGAAAUCAUUGAAUGUCAAGGAACUGGCCGGAAAUGUGAUCAAAAAUAUGUAAAUAUAUUGUGUACCCCAGGGUUAUCAAAUUCUGAGAUUUUGCCUUUUAAGAAACAACAGAGCCAUAAGAAACAGAAAAAUCAGCAAGGAAGGCAUGAAUCGGAACAUAAGUACAAAUGCGAAAAGUGUGCUAGAACCUAUAAACAAAAAGAAAAUUUGAUUAGCCAUCAAAAAUUUGAAUGCGGCAUUAUGCCACAGUUCACAUGUAAAUUCUGCAGUAAGCAAUUUAAGUGGAAAAGUGACAUGAUUCGUCAUGUGAGUCACCUACAUCACGUACAUCUCGAAACAAAUUUACAGGCUUCAAAAAUGAGACAUAAUUGCGACAAAUGUUCUCGAAGUUAUACUUGGCAUAAAGAUUUAUAUCGACAUAAACGUUUGGAACAUGCAACAGUCACACCACAAUUUACUUGCGAUAUUUGCGCUCACAAAACUAAGCGCAAAUACACCUUGUCAAAACAUAUUAUUAGAAAACAUCUGAAUAAGCCAUAAUUAUUAUGUAUUUGCAUCUUGAAUUUUCAGCAAAUUUCUCAUGAUUGUUAAAAAACUCUCUUUUUUUUGCAUGAAAUUAAAUGCUUAAGUUACUUCUUGUGAAAAUUACGAAAUAAUAUUUUAUUUUAUUUUUUGAAUAUCUAAAUGGCCAAAUGUACUCUUUAUCGAGAUGAAAAUAAACUGAGCUUGCUUUCAAAA